CCGCAACCCACGCAGAGGCGAGGGACAUCGUGGUGGGGGGCAAAAACGGGUGGACGUUCCAGCUCAGCACGUGGAAGCCCAACCCGCCUGCUCGUGCAGGCGACGUGCUUGUGUUCAAGUGGGUUGGCAAGCACGACGUGUGGCGGAUGAACGGUGCUGCGGCGUACAGGACGUGCAACUUUAAGGCUGCUACGAAACUGACGCAGCAGACUGUUGGUGGCAAGUACAG